GUUGACUUUGACGUCACUCAGCCCGAAAUAAAUUUUCUUGUAAUUAUAAUUAAGGGAAUUAUUAAAAAUGAGUGGUGGUUUAAAUCGACCAAAAUCUCCAUAUGUGAGUAACACCAUAAGAUCGGGCGAGAAGGAAGAAAGUUUUUGGGAUAAAUUCAGCACAUUGGGAAGAAAAAGAGAAACAAAAGCUGUGCAAAAAGUUGAAGAAGAAGGCAAAAAUGCAAUCGAUUAUCCAGGGGCGCCGUAUCAAUUCGAUAUACCGCCCGAAGACUAUGCGCUCCGUGAUCAUGAGCAACGGGCCGUGAUUGAUCCUCAAUCGUUAAAUGAACCUGAGGUACGUAAAUUACAACAAGUUUUAAUUGAUUGGAUUAACGACGAGUUGGCUGAACAACGCAUUAUUGUUAAAAGCAUCGACGAAGAUAUGUACGAUGGACAGGUGCUUCAUAAAUUGUGGGAAAAAUUAACUGGAAAAAAAUUAGAUGUCCCCGAAGUUACACAAUCUGAAGAGGGGCAGCGGCAAAAACUAAAUAUCGUCUUAAAUGCCGUUAAUCAUACAUUAGGGUUUCACAUGAAAAUACCGAAAUGGUCGGUGGAGAGUGUGCAUUCAAAAAAUAUUGUUGCCAUUUAUCAUCUAUUGGUUGCUUUAGUUCGACAUUUUCGUGCACCAGUUCGAUUACCUGAGAAUGUGUUUGUUACCGUAGUGAUAGCUCAAAAAAACAGUGGUAUUCUGAAUGCUCAAAAAUUUCAAGAGCAAAUUACCUCUGAGUAUGAUGAUGUUGGAAUGCGCUGCGAAAAAGAUGCCUUCGAUACGUUGUUUGAUUGUGCUCCCGAAAAAUUGACUGUCGUUAAAAAAUCACUCAUUACUUUUGUGAAUAAACAUUUAUCGAAAUUGAAUUUCGAAAUUAAUGAAUUAAGUACCGAUUUUCGUGAUGGAGUUUAUCUUUGCUUGCUAAUGGGAUUACUAGGUGGAUUCUUUGUACCUUUACAAGAAUUUCAUUUAACGCCGCAAGAUGCUGAUCAAAUGAUUAACAAUGUCGCAUUUUCAUUUAACCUUAUGCAAGAUGUCGGUCUGCCAAGGCCAAAAGCUCGACCGGAAGAUAUUGUAAAUAUGGAUCUUAAAUCUACUCUUCGCGUUUUAUAUAGUUUAUUCACCACUUUUCGGAACUAUGCCUAAAUGCACAUAUAUACAUAUAUAUAUAUAUACGAAUUGAAAAUAUAUAAAUAAUGAAUCAUAUAAAAAGUAUCCGUGGUCGAGCAAAAAAAUUAAAAAAAAAAAUUUUUCUUCGUUUGAAAGUGAAUAUGUUUUUCAGUUGUAUGCGUAUGUCCGUAGAGCGCGGAGACUUUUUAUAUGAUCCACUAUAUAUAUUCCAUAUGAGAAUUCAAGUCUCUUAACAACAUAGUAAACACUUUCAAAAUUUUGAGGAUAACACCGUAACAAAUAAAUAUUACUCUCGUAAUAUAUUCUUUUAAUGUCACUAUAUAUAUAUAUAUAUACUAUGUGAAAAUUAACGUUGUUAACAUUGAUGUAAUAUUUUUAAAACAUUUACUAACUAACAUGUGUGGGGCGAAUUAUGGUGCCCGAUAUCGAGUAAAUUCGACAGUAAUUAAAACGAUCGAGAGAUUCUACGUAACAUAGCGAAGAAAAAUGCAUAUUUCAUUGACAACUGUAAACUCUCUACACGUUAUAUGUAGUGAGUACAUACUUCAAAGUCAUCCAGUUUACUCGAUAUUGAGACAUAUCGGAUUUUGAAAACAACAUGCAACGAGAAACUAUGUGAAAAAGGACACAUCUAUGUCGAAAAUUGCUGGAAUUCUUAUAACAACGCGACAUAUUUCUUUUCGACUUAAAGUUCAAAUAUGAUAUUAUAACAAUAACAAAGGUUUCGUUUAUCUUCGUCUUCUUUGAUUCAGUUCAAAAAUAAAGAACAUCAUUUUGAUUGUAUCACUUCGUAAUACCUUUAAGUCUUAUCACAUUUUUUGUGCCUUAAAAAUGGAAUUUUUUUUUAUUUAUAUAAAUAAAAAAAUGUAUUAACAAAAAAACAA